AUGGAGUUCAAAUAUCGUGCCGUUGACAACGUCAAACCACCAACAACACUGCCUUCUCUUUCUCCAGCCACAUAUCUCCCCAAUGGAUCACUUCAAAUGGAAGGUGGUUUUUCUGGUUUCCGACCACCACUAACCGGCGAGGAGGCACUGCGGCGAGAACUUGAGAAGGAGGUAAUCCGCAGAGAAAUUUUGCGGAGGAUGGAAUUGGAGGAAGAAGUGAGGAGGGAACUUGCAAUAGAGAGACAAUUGGGGAUUUCAACGCAGAGGCCGCUGAAUAUUCAUGGACUACUGUCGCAAUGGUCAAAUUCAACACCGAUGAACCCUGUUGCUGCUGUUGGCCAUAUCGGUGCGUUGCAACCGCAAUUGAUUCUGCCUCCUACGCCAAUCAAUCCUUCUCCAGAGAUCAGCAACAAGGACAAAGUUAUAGUGUUGGAUAGACCAGAUCCGGAACUCUUUUAUGCAAAGCGAAAAACAACGACACUGGUUGAUUCGGAGACUGAGCCUUCUACAAUUGGUUUGAAGAAAAAACGGAAAGAGGAGUGGAGUUGUGCAUUGUGUGAAAUUAAAACCACAAGUGAGAGUGGCUUGAAAGCUCAUCUGAAUGGUAAGAAGCACAAGAUCAAGGAAGCCAGACAAAAUAAGAAGAUCUGCCAAAGCAACGUAACAAGUGAAAAAAUUGUGAAUUUGAAGGCUAUUGAAACAAGUCUGAUUGACACGAAAUUAGAGGGUGAUGUACAAAAAGAUCAACAUGAGCAACAUCCUCAACCUUGCAUGCCCUUAGAAGUAAUGGAUGCAACAAUUAUUGAUAAGGGUAUCCAAGAACCUAAACAAGAGGAGCAAUUGCUGGCAAAGAUGACCGAUUAUAGUGUAAGUGCAACAAAGUCCACAAAUGAGAAGGAGCUUGUGGAGGUUUGUAAUGAUGUAACAGAACCUCAAAAUGAGAAAAGCGAAUUUGUAGGCUGUUUAGCAAGUAAUAAAGAUGCUGCAACUGAGGAAGUGCAAAAGGAAGAUGCUGCAACUGAGGAAGUGGAAAAGAAAAGUGCACUAACAAAAAGAAAGAAGGAUGAAAUUUUAUGGUGUGAGAUUUGUGAUAUUAGCACUUUUUCAAAAGUUGUGAUGGAAGGUCAUAUUAAAGGGAAAAAACACAUGAAGAAAAUGAAAAUAUUUGAACAAAACAGUCAAUCCCCAUCCACAUCCUCUGUAGAGUCUGUAUCAACAAAAGCUCCUGAGCUGAUCAAAUAUACUCAACCAUAA